UUUAAGAAGCAACAAGAACACUAGAAACCACACACCGCUUUGGCCCUGGCACCACACACACACACUCUUCUUUUCGCCCCACCUCCCCACGCCUGCUAUUUAUUUUUCCUCCUUUCCACGCACACCUCCUACGCCGUAUCCAACAGUUGCUUUGAUAGAACGAUAGAAUACGUACACUUAAAAGAUUUUGAAGAAAAUCAAAAAGCAAUGUCGGAUCUCUUUACCACUUUCGAUAGCAACGGCGACGCCGAACACAAUAACUACACCACUUCUAACAGCGGCCAUCGCAACAGCUCAAUGGCCUCGCCCUCUCAGCACAGUCCCAUGACGAACAACAGCAACUCAUCUUCACAAAACGGUGGCACAAGCGCGGGCACAGCGACUGGUUCAGGUGGUGGUAGUGGAAAGACAUCCAAUCAUACAGCCUCAGCCGGAGGUGAAAGCACACCAAUGCUGACAAAGCCACGUCUUACGGAAUUGGUUAAAGAAGUGGACACCACCACGCAAUUGGACGAAGACGUAGAGGAGCUGUUGCUGCAGAUAAUAGAUGAUUUUGUCGAGGACACGGUUAAGUCAACCAGCGCAUUUGCGAAACACAGAAAGUCCAACAAAAUUGAGGUGCGGGAUGUUCAAUUGCAUUUCGAGCGAAAGUACAACAUGUGGAUACCCGGAUUCGGUACAGACGAACUGCGUCCGUAUAAACGCGCCGCAGUCACAGAAGCGCAUAAGCAACGCUUGGCCCUCAUUAGGAAAACGAUUAAAAAGUACUAGCCCGGCUUUCGUUGCAUGCUCCAUACAUGCCACCAAUUUUUUUAAGCUCCGAAGUAGUAUAAGAAGAAAGUUACUCCCAUUCUAACAAACUAAAUAAAAGUGCAUUCUUGAUUUUACACGUA